AUCAGUGUCGACGUUGUUCCCUCGCCUGAGCCCGUGCGUGUCUGUGCGUGGCGUGUACCUCGCGAAAUCAACAAGCCAACCGACAGGCGAGAGAGAGCGAGAGAGAGAGUAAGAUAGAGAGAGAGUGGUAGCAACAGGGUCACGCUGAGGAUUAAUCUUCCGCCGCCGGAAUUUCUUGACAAGAUUCUCGUAACGGUCGGAGACGAAAGUGUCGGCGACGCCUCGCCGUCAACGGUUCUGCGAAGCGGCAAGGACAGGGCUGCGAGGACAGGUCGGUCUGCGAAGCGGCAGGACGCGCAAACGACGCGGACAGGACGCGCAAGCGACGCGGACAGGACGCGCAAGCGACGCGGACGGGUCAGUCUGCGAAAACGGCAACGACGCGCGGCGACGCGGAAGGGGUCGCGGUGCGACGAGCGACGCGCGUCUGGGCCAUUAGAAUAAGAGAGCAGGUGAACCCCGAGGAUCGAUCUAAAGGCAAUCUCGGUGUUCAUGAAACUUUGCUACGAUUUACGUGCUGGGGUUGCCGUCCGCCAUGUUAAGGUAAAGCCCAGGUGCGCGGUGUUGACCAUGCUAAAGCGCCUGGACAAGAUCCGCUUCAGAGGUCCGCGGUCGCGCGACGAGCUCCUGGAUCUAGCAGAGUCCCCGCCCGCCUCCGACAACGAGGGUGGCGAUGACCUGCCAAUCAAACCCAGACCCCUCCCCCGAGAGAUGGACGACCAACUGCGGGACCCCGCUGGGACGGGGUCCCCCACCAUGGCGGCCGCACUCCAGGACUUCCAGAGGGCGGAGUCAGAUCGACUCAACGAGGUCAAGGGUCAUCUGGAAAUCGCCUUGCUGGAGAAACACUUCCUGCAGGAGGAGCUCCGGAAGCUGCGGGAGGAGACCAACGUGGACCUGCUGCGGCAGGAGCUGGAGAAGGAGAGAGGGAAGAGGAUAGACCUGGAGCAGAGGAUGAGCGAGGUGCUCCGGACCAGGUUAGAGGACUCUCCACCACAGCCACCCCGUAAGCAGCAAUCCCCCACCAACACCCGGACAGACAAGCCCCAGCGCGAGGAGUGGAGCUCGCGGUUCCAGCGCUGGUGGUACGACCGCUUCGGGGUCUACAUGGAGGACUUCCGCUUCCAGCCGGAGGAGACCACAGUUGAGGCAGAGGAGCCGCUCAGCGCUAAGAGGCUGACUGAGAACAUGAGGCGACUCAAGCGCGGGGCGAGGCCGGUCACCAACUUCAUGAGGAACCUGUCGGCGCUCUCCAACUGGCACUCCGUCUACACCUCGGGCAUCGCCUUCAUCAUCUACAUGAACGCAGCGUGGCACGGCUGGGCCAUGCCCAUGUUCCUCUUCCUGGCCAUCCUCCGCCUCUCCUUAAAUUACCUCAUCGCCAGAGGUUGGAGGAUCCAGUGGAGCAUUGUGCCUGAGGUCUCAGAAUCUGUGGAUCCUCCAAAAGAAGACUUGACUGUUUCUGAGAAAUUCCAGCUAGUUCUCGAUGUUGCUCAGAAAGCACAGAACCUCUUUGGAAAAAUGUCAGAUGUUUUGGAGAAAAUAAAAAAUCUGUUCAUGUGGGUGCAGCCUGAGAGCACCCAGAAGCUCUACGUGGGUCUGUGGGUGGCCUUCAUCACCUCCUGCCUGCUGCCCUACAAACUGAUGGGCUUCAUGAUGGGCCUGUACGCUGGUAUUAAGUUCUUCAUCAUUGACUUCAUCUUCAAGAGCUGUCCCAAGCUGCGGGACAAAUACGACACGCCCCGCAUCAUCUGGAACAGCCUGCCCACCGACCCCCAGCUCAAGGAGAGGACCAACGCCACCGUGUCUAGACGGGUCCAGCCCGUGGUCUCUCGUGGCAGCAUCGCCACCAUCCCGUGCGGCGUGGCGCGGGACGAGGAGGCAGGCCGCUCCCACAGCACCAAGAAGGGCGCCUUCCACGAGAUCUUCAACCUGGCGGAGCUGGAGCGCCCUCUAGCGGUGUGUGAGAACGGCUGGAGGUGCUGCCUGAUCAACAGAGACCGCAAGAUGCCGACGGACUACAUCAGGAACGGAGUGCUGUACGUCACGGAGAAUUACCUAUGCUUUGAGAGCUCCAGUUCCCGCUCAAGUUCCUCCAAGAAGAAUAAAGUCAUCAAGUUGGUCGACAUCACAGACAUCCAGAAGUACAAGGUCCUCUCCGUCCUACCAGGAAGUGGAAUGGGCAUCUCCAUAGCAACCCCCGCCACUCAGAAGCCGCUGGUGUUUGGCGCCAUGAUCCACCGGGACGAGGCGUUCGAGGCCAUCUUCACCCAGUACAUGAAGAUCAUGACCACCCCCAAACCUCCAGGCAACCCCGAGCUCUAGCCCGGCACGGCCCCAGCCACAGAGCCCCUGGCUGGGCUCCACGGCGGGGCCCGGGGGGGGGGGUCCACUCUGGAAGAGGAGGAGGAGGAGACGCCCUGCAGAGGGGUCGGACGUCCGACGGUCACAUGGUCCUGCUCAGAGGAGGAGGGGGCUGGGUGUAGGGUUUGGGGGAAUGUUCAGACAUGAAUGGGAUCGGUUUAACAAUGGGGGGGUGGGGUGGGGUGGGGGGGGGGGGGAGAGCUAUAAGACAGGUGAGACUGUGGUUCUGACUAAUCAGGAAAGAGAGGGAGCUGGCUCUCCCGCUCUAGCGUCUGAAUGGCCGAGCGGCGGAGUGGUGGACACGAGGAUACACUGGACCAGCGUGUCGCUUGGCCAUGUUUUUUUUUCUUCCUGUGCGAUAGUGUGUGUCGGGUGAUUUCUGAUUGGUUCGCUUAAAAUCUGCCGUUUUGUGUUUGACGCAGAAUAAUUGUGUUUGACGCAGUGGCCGUUGUUUCAAGAACCACUUUGCCCGACCACGUAACUCACAACUCUCCAGUUUAAUGUGGAAAAAUACAGUAUUUCAGUUUAGAUUCAUAUGGACGACAAAACAUCAUCUUCUGGCAGUUAAAAACGCGUCAUUACGCGACUUUGAAAUAGCUUGACGCUAUUGUGGAAGUGUUGGUACUUUGAGCUGUGGUCGAUUUCUUUUGUGUUUAUUAAGCUUAGUGCUUGAACAGGAUUCUCUUUCCGAGGGUUCCCUGUCGUCUCAUGAUUACUAUUUCUUUCUUCAUCACAUGUGAAAACAGAGUUCGGUGGUGUGGUUGUCCGUGGAACUCAAAAGCUAAAACAAAUGCUCCUUUAUGCAUCUCUAUGGUGUUUGUUAAUUUAUGAUGCUGAAAUACGUCUGUUUUUCGAAAUGCCUUUCUAUUGUAAACUUUUUUUUUUGGGGGGGGGGGGGGGG